AUGCAGUUUUCAACUUCUCUCUUCGCUCUUUUUGCGUUGCUUCCAGCACUUGGGUUGGCCGCACCUGCAGCUGGUGCUUCGGCAUCAAAGGCCAGGACGAGCAGCAAAACAUCGGCUUCGUCAGUCGCGGCAGCAUCAGCUACAAACGCAGCAAGUGGCGAUGCUGCUACCGCCCCCGCUCCAAACGCUCCAGCAUCCAUGAUGGCUCCAAGUGACACACAAAUUGCAAACGCUGUCAUGUCCUGGAUGAACGACACCGGCAAGGUCACCAAGUUUCUCAACACCGCCACUGGUCUUACCGGCGACGAGUUCACCAAACAAGCAACCAUCGCAUUCAACGCCGAAGUCGACGAACUCAACCACAAGAUGAUUCUGGACGCAGCACUCGGGGAUCAACCUUCAGUGCAAGCUGCAAACGACACGCUAGCCACCAAGGGAAAUUUCCAAUCGGUUGUGGAUGAUCUGGACACCAUGGUCAAGCAAGGUCCAGAUACCGCACAACAGAUGGUCGACAAAAUCAAUGCCAACCGCUGUGUAAAUGUACUUCCAAACAUCGACAUGUACUUUGCCGCGGCCGGAUCCGCGACUGUCCAGUCUGUCCGACCUACCGGAUGUUUGGAGAUCAACAACCAAGCAGCCGCAAACGCUCCAGCAGCCGGUAACGGCACUGCGUCUCAGACCGCCGUUGCGGUUGCAAGUAGCGCAACUGGUGAUGCAGCCAGUGGAGGAGAUGCUACAUCAAGCAGCUCAGCAUCCAAGGCCGACGCCACGGGAGCUAGCAAGAGUUCUGCGUCAGCGAAGGCUACAGGUGGUGCGUCGAACAGCACGACGAAUGCGACCGACAACGCCGCAACUGGGGAUGACGCCGCUGCUUCCGGAAACUCCUCGUCUACUACAAGUGCUGUCAAGGAUGCUGCUGCUGCGACUGGUGCCUCGAAGGGCGUCUCCGCAAAAGCUGCUUCAGGUGCCGCAAAGCCAACUGGAGCGACAAGUCCAAAGGCUUCUUCGUCAUCGAAGAAACCGGCGGCUGCUGCUGCGAAGGCUACGGCGACGUAG